CGGCCCGUUGAAUUACAAAAAAAAAAAAGGGAUAUUUCUUGAGCAGCAGGGAAUCAAAUAUCUCUCCAUUUUACCUCCACCCUUCCCUUUGUGCUGUCAAACGUCACGCAAACCCUCGCCUUUUUUCUCUCUCUCCUCCUUCACUUUCUCUCUCCUCCAUUGAAGAGUUCUUCUUCAACUGCUCAAACCAAUCAAAUCUAAUCAAACCAAUCAGUCAAUCAUGCCUUCCACUAAUUUGCUCCUCGAAGAACCAAUUCGUAUGGCUUCAAUUCUCGAGCCAUCUAAAUCUUCGUUCUUUCCUGCAAUGACGAAGAUCGUUGGAACUCUUGGUCCUCGUUCUGAAUCCGUUGAAGUUAUUUCCAGUUUGCUGAAAGCUGGGAUGUCAGUUGCUAGAUUUGAUUUUUCAUGGGGAGACGCUGAUACUCAUCGCCAAACUCUUGAGAAUUUGAAGGCUGCUGUCAAGAGUACUAAGAAGCUCUGCGCUGUCAUGCUCGACACAGUUGGGCCUGAGUUGCAAGUUGUUAAUAAGACUGGGAAAGAAAUCUCACUCAAAGAAAAUGAAUUUGUUACUCUCACACCUGACCUGGAAAAAGAUGCCUCCUCAGAUCUAUUGCCCAUCAAUUUCAAUGGACUUGCAAAGGCUGUGAAGAAGGGAGAUAUGAUCUUUAUGGGUAAAUAUUUGUUCACUGGAAGUGAAACUACAUCUGUUUGGCUGGAGGUAUCUGAGGUGAAAGGGGAUGAUGUGAUCUGUGUGAUCAACAAUUCCGCAACAUUGGAUGGAACACUUUUCACUUUGCAUGCUUCACAAGUUCGUAUAGAUAUGCCUACUCUGUCUGAGAAGGACAAAGAGGUUAUAAGCACCUGGGGUGUCCAAAACAAAAUUGACUUCCUUUCACUGUCAUAUACUCGUCAUGCAGAAGAUGUUCGCCAAGCACGUGAGCUGCUGUCAAGUUUAGGUGAUCUUAGUCAGACUCAGAUAUUUGCAAAGAUUGAGAAUGUUGAGGGUUUGACACAUUUUGAUGAAAUUCUACAAGAAGCAGAUGGUAUCAUUCUUUCCCGUGGAAAUUUGGGCAUAGAUCUCCCUCCUCAGAAGGUUUUCUUGUUCCAAAAGGCUGCUUUACACAGAUGCAAUAUGGUUGGGAAGCCUGCUGUUGUUACUCGUGUUGUUGAUAGCAUGACCAAUAAUCUCAGGCCGACUCGUGCUGAGGCAACUGAUGUUGCGAAUGCUGUAUUAGAUGGUAGUGAUGCAAUUCUCCUUGGAGCUGAGACACACCGAGGUUUAUAUCCUGUUGACACUGUUAGAACAGUUGAUAGGAUUUGUUUUGAGGCUGAAAAGGUAUUCAAUCAAGAUCAGUACUUCAAGAAAGCUGUCAAGUAUGUGGGAGAGCCAAUGUCUCACCUGGAAUCUAUCGGUUCUUCUGCUGUGCGUGCUGCCUUGAAGGUAAAGGCAUCUGUGAUCAUCUGUUUCACUUCUUCUGGGAGGGCUGCAAGGUUGCUUGCAAAAUAUCGGCCACCGAUGCCAAUUCUCUCAGUUGUGAUUCCUCGUCUUAAGACAAAUCAACUAAAGUGGAGCUUUAGUGGUGCCUUUGAGGGCAUGCGAUUUGGUAAUCCUAUUUUUACUACGGCAAGGCAGUCAUUGAUAGUUAGAGGCCUCUUCCCCAUGCUUGCGGAUCCUAGACAUCCCGCUGAGUCCACGAGUGCGACAAAUGAAACCAUCUUGAAGGUUGCACUAGAUCACGGAAAGGCUUUGGGAAUCGUCAAAUCGCAUGAUCGAGUUGUCAUUUGCCAGAAACUUGGUGAUGCAUCCGUGGUCAAGAUCAUCGAGUUGGAGGACUAAGCCUGAUACUGCCCUUCAAAAUAGCUUCUUAUUUGUUAAAAGUGUCUUCCACAGGGGUGCUGGAACUCGUUAAUGGGAUAGGAUAAUCUUUGCGAAGCCAGUUUACAAAUUUUGAUUCUAGUCGAUAUGAUGUUAUAUCAUAAAGUUAUCUGAACAAUGUGACCCAUAGUCAUGGAUAUGCCAUGACUCCCAUUUUUUGGUAAAUGGCACAGAUCAAUGUUUUGUCUAUCUUUGUGCUUUUGUGACUGUCUGAUGUUGAAUUCGAGAACCUUGAAGCCAACAUUAUUCCCCCAGGUGGGCAAUAUAGACGAAAACAAAGUGUAUAAUGUCCCUAUGGGUUGUGACUGCAAAUUUUUUAUAAUCACUUCGCACUUUUGUAGUUUUGUUGUAGGUAAUGAAGUUAAAUUACCUUUAUUUUA